AUGCUUGGUCAUGCUUUUGGUGAAUCUUCGGCAGGUUUGGAGAACAGUCUCAAGAUCCUUUCUUUUGUGGGGCGGAGCUUCCAUCGGCACUGCUCACAUUGGACCAUGCCGGGUGCGCCUGGGAGUGCAGCUGCCAAGGCGGGCGCCGCCAAGGCGCAGGAGCAGCAGCGGCAGCUGGAGCAACAGCGGCAGCUUGAACGGGCCGCUGCGGAAGCUGAGGCUAAGGCGUCCCAACGGGCGCAAGGUGAUGUGCUCUCAGCUAGCUGCUACCCCAACGAGGCAGCCGAAUACUUCGGCGAGUCCUUCGCACACCGGCUCCGCUGGGCACACGCUGUGAACUCGCUGCGGGUGCUGCGGAGCGCGCUGCGGGGGAAUGCGCACUUCUUAGAGGCCGAUGUCUCCGCGGGCACGCUGACGCAGGAGAAGGAGCCGAAGGAGUCACCUACCAGCAAAGCUUCACUACUGGAGACUUCCGUUUCCACAUCUUCCGACCUCCCCAUCAUCAUGGCUCACUACCCCACGCAGCGUUCCAGCGACCUGUGCUUCGAGCUCUUCAUCGCAGCAAUCUUGAAGCACAACGCCCAAGUGGAUGGCCUAGACGCCGUUGAGGAUGGCCAGGUGGAGGAGACCAGUUCCUCCCCUGAGCGGCCACAGCGCUCGCCCUUCUCUGAGCCAGUCCUGCAUGGCCAGGAGGAUGUGCUGGUGCGAAGCCCUGGAGCCCUGGAGACGAGCCACAGUGUGCCGCCCGGCGCGUUGGAGGCGGAGGCCUUCGCGGGCGAUCUGCAUCGAGAGUUGGAGUCCUCGGAUCACAACCAGAUGAUGAUGGCGUGCAUCGGGGCACGCAGAGGUAGCACUGGUACUGACCUCCGAGUGAGAAACUCCUCAAAGAAAGGAGUUAAGCUGGACUUCAAGGUCUUUGAGUGUGUGGAGCCGGCCUUGCGCCAUCUCCAAAGCGUCGACGCCGCGCGGAAGCUCGGUGGCCACUUGUGGCUCAACGCUGACGUCUUCGCUGGGCCCGGCUACCCCGAGCGCUUCCUGUCGCCCAUCGAUGCCAGGAACUUUGUGCAACUUUGCGCUGAACUGGUGCCCGAAGCGGUGCUAUCCUUGAGUUGGGGAAGCUCUUCCCUUUCGACCAGCAGGUGUUAUUCGCCAGACAUGGUGGACAGGAUGAUCGAGCUUUGCAUGUCUCCCAUCGUGCCGCGGCCCAUCCGGGCGCGGGACGGGCGAGAUGCACCAGAUGCAGUGCCGAAAGAGGCCACAACUCUCGACCCAAGCGGGGACAUCCGUCGGGUCAGUGAGGAGUUGUACUGCCUCACUCCAGCGGCCAGCUGCCAACACAUCACCUUUGCAGUGGCCGCAGAGUAUGCCUUGAAUUCCUCCGCGAAUCUCCUGAAGCUCUUGGAUGCGGUGCCCGGCUCGUCCUUGACGAUCUUCUCAGGCGUGGGAUCAUUGGGGAUUCCGCCACGGACGAUUCAGGACAUCAUCACCACAUAUGGUGCCACCCGGUGCUUCCUCGACCUGCGAGCAGAGGAUGCGAAAAGCGCACGCAGCGAGGCGGAGCCGCUGUCGGCGCGCAGCGCCUUUUCAGUUCAGACUUGUGUCCUCGAAGAGCACCGUACCGCCGUGGGCGCUUCUUCCCCGUCUGGCCGUGAAGGUUUCGCGACGGUGCCUGGAUCCCAGCCAGAGCCCUCACAGCUAAAGGCCUCGUUAAAAGGCUUUGUCCAGGAGAUGGUACGUGGACGAGAAGUGGACGUGCCGGAUGCCAAUGGGACGCUCACCCCACAGAUUUGCAAGCUCUCCAAGAAGGUGGAUGCACUGGUCGUAGGACCCCAAGCGGUUCAGUUGGUGGAGAUUGCACAUCUUCAUCGUGGCAUGGAAGCUCUUCCUUUGUCCUUGAACUUCGAACUGACUCCCAACUGGAUCGUCCUGGAGCUCGAGAAGAGUGCUGGAGACUUGCUGAGUUUGCGUUUGACUUCGGCUGAAACGGCCGAGACCUUCGCGCUCUUCCUGCGGCUGUUGGUGUCCAUGCGGCGGCAGCAUGCGCGGGUGAAGGACGUGAAGCCCAAGGACGAUGACGCCCGGAGCGAGGCCAGCGAGGCAAAGAGCGCCCGGAGUGAGGCCACGAGCGUGCAGAGCGUGGUGCUGCGGAAGAACAUCGCGGAGGAGGAUCCCAAGGAGGUGAAAAAGAUGUACAAGAUGUUUUUGGAGACCAUGUACCGGGGCAGGGACUACUACAUCCUCUCGCCUGAGGGUUUGCUUGACGUGGAUUGUGCUAUCACCAGGGACCGUACGACCUUCCGCUUGCGUUGGGAGGGUCAGCAGGAGCGGGCGAUUCCAGUGGAAGAGAUUCAGCAGAUGCGAAGCUCCAAAGAAGCUCAACUCUUGAAGCUGGGAUUGGAGGUAGACCAGCGGUGUGCGGUGAUGGAGCUGGAGGAUGGAGAGUGCAUCACCUUCAAGUUUGGCCAUGAGGAAGCUUGUGAGCGUUUCAUCCUCUGCAUGCGGAUUCUCAUUGACCAGAACCGCCAGUGCUUCAACUUUGAUGCCGUGUCCAAGCCCUCCAAACCGGCCAAGGGCUCCCGGUCGGGCUCCAGGUCUGCUCUCGGGAAGAAGGGGAAAAUGGAUGCCAAAGAGCAGAAUGCGACCCAGGUGCUCAUCGAAGCUUUUGUGCGGCAGAUGGUGAAGGGCUGUGAGCUGAGUGUCCCCAGUGGUGGCGGUGGUUCGCAGCAGGUGGUUUGCUCUUUGGAUGCUGAUCUCAAAUCCAUGUGGGUCAGAGCGAGCGACAGCUCUCAAAAGCAGAUUUCCCUCUCGUCCCUCAAGGCAGUACAUGUUGGGGCUGCAGCCGAAGCACUGCAGCUCUCCGUCCAGGUCACCAAGAGUGAUCCAUCAGCAGUCCUGGAACUGAACUCGGGCGAUUGUUUAACGUUAUGCUUCCCAGGCACCGAAGAGAGGGACCGCUUCGCCAUUUGCAUGCGGAUUUUCGCCGCAGCGCACGUGGGAAGUGGUGCGAGCACGGAAAAAGGCAACGGCGAGCGGCGAGGGACGGUGUUGACUUCCGCAGACGCGACAUGA